AUGAAGCAUCACAUGAUCGUUGCCCUCUGCGGUAAUAAGCUACACAACGCGCCCCUUUCCGAUCCCAGGAAGGUCCUUGACAUUGGAACAGCGGGUGAAACAUACCCUGAAGCAGAGGUUGAGAGCAUUGACUUGAGUCCCAUUCAGCCGCCAUUCUUACCACCGAACGUUCACUUCAUUGUUGACGACAUUGAGGCACAAUGGCUGCACAAGGAUGAUUCUUUGGACUACAUUCAUUUGCGUCAUAUGGCGCCAUCGGUCAAGGAUUGGCCAAAGCUACUAGCUCAGGCGUACAGAGCUCUCAAACCAGGUGGUUGGCUUGAACUGCAAGACAUCGUGCCCGAGUGCAAAUGCGACGAUAGCACUAUGCCCUCUGGGCAACAGUAUGCUCCUGCUAAGAUGAUGGACCUUAUCAAAGAUGGUCUUUCCCAUUUUGAUGUGGAUCUGCGAGCAGGCAGCAGUCAUAAGAAUCGAAUUGAAGCUGCAGGCUUUCAGAAUCUUAUCCAUGAUAUCAAGAAACUUCCCGUGGGCACAUGGCCAAAGGACUCUCACUUGAAGUCUGUUGGUUCAUAUGCCCGCGCUGUCAUCUAUGAUGGGCUACACGGCAAUACUAUCGAGCCUUUUACGAGGGGUUUGGGUUGGACUCCUCUUGAAGUCGAAGCUUUCCUCGUUGAAUUUCGCAGAGAAAUGCUGAAAGAUGACGUUCACCCCUACAUCUUGUAUCAUUCAUACUCGGGGCGGAAACCCCCGAGACCGGCGUAA